AUGCUGGAGGACCCUGACGAGCUAGCAGUACUGGAAGAGAUCCAGCAAGAAUUGAUCUUGCAAGAGCAGUCGGUUAUAGAAGAGUAUGAGCGAAGCCUGCAGUUCGAUGAAGAAUGUCUCAACGCGAUGCUUGAUGGCUUGGAUGCCGGUGACAAGAUCAUCUGCCCAGUGUGUAGAAAGAAUAACCUGACUGUGAGGAAUCACGUGGUUUUUUGCCAAUGUGGAUUAUACAUCAGCACGCAGGGUAUGACAGAAGGGAAGCUCCGGUCGCUUCUAGAAAACACUGUAACAGAGCACAGUCACCGGUGCUUUCACAGCCCGGAGUUCACAGUGACCAGCGGAAUGGAGGAGGAAGCCAGUCUUCUCAUGAGCUGUCCGGUCUGCGACUCCUGGACGAUUCUCCUGUAA